GUGAAGCGUUUAGCUGUCAGUUUGUGUGUUCCCCAGCCGGUGCAGAAAGCAAUAGCAAAACAAAACAGUCGACUCAUUGCCUUGUCUUAUUCAAAUUGUCCCGGGCCGAAAGUGAAGUUAGUGUGCCGUUUUUUCCCCCGUUUUCCACAACCAAACCAGCGUCAUGUUUUCCUUCAAGCGAGAGAUCGACUUCACCGGCUACAGCUUUAUUGUGCCCUCGGUCAGCGUGGGCAACGUGCCGCAGCUCGCAGCCGAUGCCGUGAUCGAGACGCUCCAGCUAGAACCGAUCGGUCUGCUUUGGUCCCCGGCCCUGGUCCCGAUCGUCGGUGCGCCAGCGUUUGAGCACACGGGGGGUAGCGAUGCGAUAACCACCACGGCCGAGCUGUACGUUUCGCAGGAGAAGAAACUGCUGGUGCUGCAGCUCCGGGCGCCGCUGGUCGGCCCGCUCCGACAAACCUUCCUGGAUGAGCUGGGCGAUUUCGUGCGCGAUCGGAAAUUCUCGCACGCCAUCCUGCUGUCCAGCUGCUUCUCGCACGAAAAGUUCGACAUCCGCACCGGACCGUUCCGGUACGUUGCGAACGAGCAGUACGAAGCGCAGUCGCCGGAUGCGGCCCACCUGAAGGACGACCGCUGGACAAAGCAUAGCGGCGGCGUCAUCCACGGGGGAGGCUUCGCCUCGAAGCUGCUGGACGGGCUUACCGCGCGCCAAGUGCCGGCAGUCGUUUUCUUCAUGUACGUUUCCGAGGGUGACAACACGGCGGAAGGAUUGAUGCUGGCCCGCAUGUUGAAUGCGAUCAGCGGCGAGCGUUUGCUGGCGUCCGAGCGGACCGACUUCCGAUGGCCCAGCUCGUGGAAGCAUCUGUUCGGUACAGCCCAUCCGAGAACGUUGUAUUGAGGUGGCGGUGGCCCGAUCAGUUCACGAUGUAGCUGAAGCAUACUUUUUAAAAUUACUGUACAAUAUGGGUGUGGCGUACUGGGGCGGGAAUACAACACUGUGGUGAACAAAUAAAGAAGCAUCGAUGUAUGUAUAUCUCUAAAAGAGAGUAAUUGAACUCAAAAUCGUUCGUUUUCGGAUACUCAAGCCAAAAGAAGUCACACACACACACAGCCAUUCAAUUCAUUUUUGUAGAAUAAAAAAUCUUAUUGCAUGUUUCGCGAAAGACGUUACAUCUAAUCGAUCGUUGAUCAGACACGACACGACACGUGGUCGCUUUGUUGCUUUUCCUCUCACGGUAGCUAGCUUCCCAACUAACUGUUACUUUUGCUCGUUUGUUUGUUUGUUUGCUUGCUUGUUCUUCACAACGAAUAUGUUACAGAAAACAGAAGACCACCCCUAUCACCCUACACCCCAGUGGUGGUGGUGGUGGUGGUUGCACUAAACAGGGAGCUGCUGCCGGUUUGGCGCAUACUGAAUAGAGCCGCAUUUUGAAUCAACUUCUUAUACUCGAAAGGAAAGCUCGUGAUCGGUGUUUUAAACGAUAUGCACUGUGCACCUGUUUGGGCAUCAGUGGGGGUGUUUACACAUGACACAGAUGGCUGCAACUGUGCAUCUUCGUAGGGAAUUAGUCCCGAUGCCCUCCCUUGUGGGCUUGACGUUCGGGUUGGUGAAAUAUUUACACUUACUAGAUAAUGCACAGAGUAGCGAAAGGUAAGAAAGGUUUAGAAAAAAAAAAACAGUGGCUAAUGUACAGAAACUUAUAUACAAAUUCAACAUAUUCAACAGGGCCGCGCUUCUUGGCUCGUGCCGUUGAACAAUGCUUACGUACAUCUCCUGCGGAAACUCCUUACAGAGACAGUGUCUGCCUUUUUAGGAACCGAUUUGUUACGAAUAAGGAUUUGCUUGAGUGUUUUCUUCUUCUUCUUCUUAUUCUGUUUGCUUGCUUGUUAUCUAUAGUUGUGAUUAAUGAUAGAGCGUCGCUAAACUAUUGUAGAGAAUGGUGGAAUUAUUUGCUGUGUCUAUUUUAUGCUAUGGGGCGUCACACGCGUGAUCUCUCGGGAGGGAAAAUGAAAAUGGUGGUUCGUACUGUGGUUUCCCUUUUUUGUUUUUUUUUCUUGUCCAAUUUGUAACGGUUGACGAUUUCUCAUCUCUAUUGGGCUUGUUAACGAUGUCAUUUUUUGACUGAUUGGUAUACUUCUUCAUCUCGAUUCCAUUGCUACACAUGGGCCUCUCCUUACUUUUAUUGCACUUUGCAUUUGCAGCAAACAACAGCCAUGGUGCGGCAAACAAAUUUAUUUCAUCUCUUCACUCUAUACUGCUGCUUCCGAACUGGUUUUUGGUGGUAUCAAUUUUGCUUGUUACUUUCUUUUUUCCUUGUCGUUUAUAUUAAUCUGUUCAACGAGUUUUAAACAUUCUUUAAGGUUAUUGUUUGUUCUUUUUUGUUGUUGUAGUUUUUGUUUCUCUUCUAAAAGUUUGUCAUGUCUUUUUUCUUAACUUUUUGUUUCUUUUUUUUUUGGUAUAAACUUGUAUAGCAGAGGUAAUUGUCAAUUUCUCCAAAAAAGCUCUUCCGAAAUCUUGUGUUACUUUUUUUUUAAUUUCAUGAUAGUUUUAUCUUUUUCCUUUAUUUGUCUUUCAUCCAAAAAUACGUCGAAGCCGAAAAGGUGUGUCUGUGUGUGGGGUGUGUGGUAUGUCCGGACACGAAGAACACAAAAUCACAUCCAUUGCUUCUCCAUUCUUCCGCCCUUCUUUCGCCGUAUCACACAAAACACAAAACGUACAUAUCACCCGAUAAAUCUCCCAUCACGAGAGAGGCGCCGUGUCACCGUAAAAUGUUAAGCUGUGUAUAAAUAUGCUGCUUGCAAUGUGUAGAAAAAUAUACCCAUCUUUGCUGGACACACACACUGUCUCUCUCUCUAUCUCUUCUUCACUGUAGUCCACCUUCAAUCGCGACCUAAUGCGCCCCGAUUGUGUAUGCAUAUGUGUGUUGUUUGGGUGUGUGGGUUUUAGUUUUUUUUUUAAUUUCUAUUUCCAACGGUUACUGCGUCAUGUGAUUCAGUCGUUGCCAUCGUAUCGCUUCUGCACCGGUUAACC